AAGGGCUCAACUCCUCUGCUUUAAAUCCCUCCCACUGAGAACAGCAGCUUCAGUUUCACCUAGCAAUCAAGAAGUGAGCAGGUACACCUUCCUGCACUGGGCUUUUACAGACCAAACACACACAUAUGUCAGAUCCUGCACAACCCCUUGUUACGGUGAUGAUAAACCCUAAAGUGUUACUGGCUUAAACCAAAAGCCCUUUUUAAAGUACUGUCAUCCCAGAGACGACUACGAAAACCUGCAGCACAGGAACAAGCCUAGCCAGGAAGGCAGGGAAAGUGAAGACCUCCAGGCGCCCCGCACGACCGGUUCUUCAGCCUCUCCAUUCAGCAUUGUUAUCAGUUGUAUCCGCACCAGAGAGAUGAACCUUACAAAAGAACGCAAGCCCAAAAAACCUCAUUACAUCCCGAGACCUCCAGGGAAACCAUUUAACUUCAAGUGCUUCCAGUGUCCAUUUACUUGCAAUGAGAAAUCCCACUUGUUUAACCACAUGAAGUAUGGCCUGUGCAAAAACUCUAUCAACCUGGUCAAUGAGCAAGACCGCAGUGGGAAGUCAGCUAAGAUAAUUUCAACAGACUCCCCGCAAAAGGUUCAGACUGAGCCUGCUGGCAAAUCUAGUCCAUGCAGAGCCAGUACAAGUGCACCUGCAAAAUGUGAGAUCCCAACCGAACAAAGAAUCAACAAAGAUGAAAGCGCAGAUGACUUUAAGAAUCAAGAGCAGAGCAGAGCUCAAAGUCCAAAAACAGCCCCCCAAAAAGAACAGCAGCCUGAGCCAGCUGCAAAAGAAAGUGAAGCAAACAAACACUCAGAAAGCAUUGCAAGAGUAAGACCUUCAGCCUUUGUCCCGAUCUUGGGACACAUGCUUACAAAUACUGUGGAAAGCAGUGAUCCUGCUCCAUUAAUUUCCAAACCAGACAUUGCUUCUCCUCUGCCAAUCCGAUCUGCCUUUCACAAUCCCAAUGGGCCCUGGAGAUCAGGUCCAGUUUUUAUCCCACCUGACUUUUCUCACAAAGUUCCGUCUGGCAAGAUAAUCGGCCCAGUUCCUAACUACAUACCUCCCAUGAUUCCAGAUUUCCCCCCUUACUUCUUUGCAGAACACACUCUGCCAGCCAUCUACCGACCCUACCUCUCUCCUGGAAGCCCCCAUGAGAGUGAAAACCCACCCUUUCCGACAUAUUUCUCCCCAGAGCAGAGGCACUUGCUGCCCCAUGCUUUCCCAGUUCCAGGAAUCCCAUUUCCAGGACCUAUACCACCUUCGGCUAUAGAACAUCACUACAGAUACCAUCAGCCUGUCCAACAAAGUCCCCCUUUCCAUUUUGGAAUCUACCGGCCUGCACUCACUGAACCUGCUUUUCAAGACUUUAACCCAAAACCAAUGCACCAAACAGAAGGUUUCAAUAGAGAUGCAGGUCUUCAUGUACAGGUAGCCAACCAGUCUCAAUACACACACUUAAAGAGCCCAGGUACUUCAGAUUACCAGAAGAAAUUGAAUAAGGGCUACAUGAGGCCUGCUGUAAUCAUGGAGGUGGGCAUCAUGGACCACGAAAAUGUAAGAGGGGUGAAAAUGAGCCCCAGGGCAGGGUGUGCCGCCACUGGAUCCCCAGACAGGCCGAGCCCAACAAACUUCACAACGAACAACCCAAAUCCAGAAAGCGAUCAGGAUCUCUCUGCAAAUACCAUUUCGAGCAAGAUGACCCACUCCAACCAACCAAAGAUCAGCAGCAUUACAGCUUUCCAGCCAAUCAGAAUAGUAGUGCAUCCUCCAAGUCCACCAGACAACGACCGUCUUGCAGACAGAAGAGAUGACAGUGUCUCUAACGAGUCUUCUUCUGACCACGAGGAGGAAGAAAUGGCGCCACUCAACCUUUCCACAAAAGCUCAAGCAGAAGAAGAGCCCUUAACCUACACCAGCACAGACCACUGGGACACUCCAGCAGCAGUGGACAGCCAGGACAUGCCCUUAAACCUAUCUGUUAAAGGCUCUUCCAACCCAGAGGCACCAACUGCUAAACUGCCUCAAGCCUCACCACAAAGGGAAAGACGUUUCAGCAGAGAAUUGAGGGGCAAAAGCCCGGAAUUGGGAGAAAUCGAAAACUACGACGAGCAGAAACAAACAGCAGCCUUUGCCCUUUGCCAGCUGGCCUCCUACAGCUCCCACAAACUCAGUGGAGAGCGCUCAGCCGUCCCUUCUAAAGAGGAGCAUCCCCUUCUUCAGAGCAGCAGCUCUGCCGUUUCCACGGUGACAGAAGAUAAACCCAAGGAGAGGGGACAAAAGAGGUCACACCAAUCUCUUCAAGCACAGGCCAAGAAAGCAAAUCCAGAUGAGCCUGUCAGAGUAUUUAGAAAGAGGCCACGAUGUUCAUAAAACAUCGUACUCAAAAGUGACUGAAUGGACUAUAUUUUUCUACCAAUACAUUGGUGCAGUGGGAUGGACUCAUAUACUGUACAUAUUGACUUUUAAAAAGCUGCAAAGGAUUGUUCCUUCAUCUUUUUGUAUUUGUUUUUCUCUUAUAUGACUAUAUUUUCCAAUAAAAUAUGGUUUUAAAUAA